AUGGAGGAAAAACAACUUUAUAGCGCAUUAACAGUAUACAGAGAAAGAGGAGCAUAUUUGCGACGCCUUGAACAAUUUGAAAAAGCUAAGGCAUCAUACGAUGAAGCCUUCAGAAAUGCACCAGACGAUGUUCGAAUGCUCACUGGCCGAAGUCAGGUAUGUGCAGAUGCAGUUCAACCUAUUCAAGCAUACUCUGAUGCAGAAUUGGCCCUUAAAUUAGAACCUGGAAAUAUGAAUGCUCGAAAUAUGCAAGCUCGAGCAAUGUACACUAUGUCUGAUUUUGAAAAAUCAGUAGUAAUGAAUUACAGAGGUGCUAGACAUCGACAUCAACCACCUUAUUUCAUAGAGGGAAUAAAUCAAGGAGUUGAGACUAUUCAAGACUGUAUUGGAGUCAAUGCAGGAAAUGUUAUGUUAGAGUUUUUACCAUUAAUAAAACAUAAUGAAGCAGUACGUGUUGAUGAAGAUGAUCCACAGAAACCUCCACAUGUAUCUAGAAUACCUAAACCGAAAAAGAAGCGAAAACUUACUCAAAUGGAGGCUCGUAAACAUUUGACUUUAUCACGUGUAUUGGCAAUGAAAUACUUAGGGCCAAUGGCAUAUGACAAAUUUUUUCUACUAGAACUUAUGGAAGAUCAAAGGCUUAAAUCUGCAAACGCAGGUGGAAGUGUAGAAUUAAAAUGUAUUGUCAAGGAAGCUUUAAGAUCACUUAGUCAGAGACAAGAUAUGUUGCGAUCACAGAGACCAUAUUAUACGGUCAAACUUGCAGAAAAGGCUGAAUCAAAACAUCAGAAUCAGCACAAAGAAAAUGUUCUAAUUAAAGAGCGUGAGAUUGGUGCAAGGACAGCAGAGAGACUUCUAAAACAAAUAGAAAAGAGUAUGCGUGAGAAUCGCGUAAUGGAUUUAAUUGCUCAAGCAGAACGAAUGCAAAUGUUCCUUGACGGUAAAACACCAAGAACUCUUCCAGAUAAAGAAGUAUACACAGAUCGUUUGUAUCGUGCUGUUGGAGAAGCCUAUCUAUCACAACAUCGUCUUUCGUAUACUCUAAGUGAACGUGGAAAUCGACGUCGUAUUGCUUUCCUGAUGGGCUUACCAGUAGGACGCCCAACAUCAUUUGAUUCUGUCAUGGCUAAUUAUCCUUAUAAAUUUAUAGAUAUAAAACAAGCUACUGCAAAAGUAAUGGCGACGUUGGAAAUGUGUGAAAAUUCAACUAUGAAAUGUUGGCUAAUGUAUGAAAUUGCUCGCCUCUUAUGUACUCAAAAGAAUUACGCACUUGCUAAGUUCUAUGCCAAGCGAUGUCAACGAGAAGCUCAAGAAAUAAAUAAUGUCACUUGGUGGCUCAAUGGGUGUUUCGUUCUUAUGAGUGGGGACAUGCAACAAGGUAAUUCAAACGAAGUUCGCAUACAAGUCGAAGAAGCUUAUGAAUUUUCAAAAAAAAUGCAAGAUCCAGAACGUGUACAAGCAUUCUUAAGCAAGUGUGCUGAAAUGGCGACAGAGACAAUGACUGCAGAUGAAAGAAAAGCCAUAAUGCAACGUGAACGACAAAUUAUAGGCGUAAUGGAUGAAAGUCAACGCGUUGAAACGCAAGUAUUGUUCAAACGGAUGUCUACAGUUCCGCCUGGUCGACGCUUUUCAGUUUUGCCACGAAAGUCAGAACCUGGCGAGGAACGAGUAGAACGUAAGCGUCGACGCCAAAGAGGGCUGUCAGUUAUACCUGGUCCGGAGAGAGCUCUACCACCUCCACCAAAAUCUGGCACUCUUGGAUUCCAGGUUUUCGAUAUU